CCUGAGGGCUUUUCAAGCAGUCCAGCUCCCAGCAAGGAUCUACCUCUUCUUUCUAGUCAGUCGUCGUUGCCCCAGAGCAACAACAUGGCUCCUUUUGCCUCUGAAGUGGAGAACUUUCUCAAACGGUUUAACAAAGACUCUGUAGUGGAGUCUGCAAACAAGGAGUUGUGUGAAGGUUUAUAUGAAUGGAGCCCACUUCCUGGGCCUCCCAAAGACUCUUUCACAUUUGAAGAGAAGUUUGGAAGCUUCUUAAGUCACAAGGAAAAGGUAGAACCCAAGUCAGAGCCCACUGAUCGCCAUACUGACUUCCUGCUGCCUCACGAGAGAGCCAGUCAGGAUGGCAGCGGCUUCUCCCGAAUUCUGGGCAUGAUGGCCGAUUCUGUCAGUGCCCAGGAGAAGAGAAGGCGUAGCUUUCCUGACAUUGAGGAUGAAGAGAAAUUUCUUUAUGGUGAUGAGGAUGAAGAGGCCAAAACUGAAUCUCUCCCCAUUCAGAAGCCCCCAGUCAGUUGUGGCAAUGACAUAAUAAUCCAGAAAUUGAGCCCACCUUCUUCUCCUGCUCCAGCUGUCAAGCUGGAUCCUUUAGAAGAGCCAAAUGCAGAGUAUGCAAAGAUUCACGACUUACUCAAAACCAUUGGACUUGACAUUGGUGUUGCUGAAAUAGGAAAACUGGCUGUUCGUACCCAGGAACGCCUUCAUGGCAAGAAGUUGGCAUCUCGUUCUCCCGAUCGUCGCUCCGCAGACACUCGCAGACUGGACCACUGGGACUUGCGUCGCAGUCGGAGCGACACUCGUUCACCCGAGUCAGGCCAGCAGCGUUCAGCAUCACCUCCAGUCUCUUUCCAGCAGUCUAAAGAUGUGUCCACUCUUCAGAAAGCAGAGUACACUAAGAACAAGCCAGUGGGACAAGAUAUACCUCCACAUGCACCAGAACAGCCUCUUCCUUCUGUUUCUCUCAUUCCGUCAGUUCCACCAACUCCUCCUAGUUUGCCACCUACACCUACUUCUGUUUCACAGUACCAAAUUCCCAGCUACUCCCACUACACUCCCACUCAAAUGCCCCAAAACUAUCCCCCUCCCACAAUGGCUCCUCCAGGAUACGACACAUAUGGGCACUACAUGGCAUAUGCAGCCCCUGGCUGGCCCAUGUACCCCCCUGCCCAGCAGCCUAAUCCUACACUGCCAGAAGCUCAUGGUCUUCUUACUAUGGCCAUGUCAGCGAACCCCACACGUCCCAAUCUCCGGGUGAUUGAGACGGUCUCUAUGGGAAAGGAUAUCCCUGAUGUAAAAAGAGAUGGUUCUGUGCUCGUUCAAGUCCCUACCACUCCUACUCAUUCCAAAUCGCCCCUUCGUCUGUCUUCACACCCUCUCAAAAAUUCCACAGAAAGGAUGUCGGAUGAAAAAAAUCGGGCAGCUCAAAAGCAGAAGGUGAUAGAAGAGAGAGAAAAGCUGAAGAAUGACCGAGAAGCACAGCAGAAGAAACUUUACUAUCUCAAGACUGAAUUGGACAGACUUCGUAAGCAACAAGGAGAGAUGUUGAGGAAAAAACGUCGUGAGAAGGAUGGACACAAAGACCCCUUGUUGGUUGAGGUGAACAGGCUACAAGAGAAUAUUAUGAAGGAGAUUGCAGAGCUGCAUAAGGAAUCUGAUGCAGCUGACAAGAAGCAGUCUGAGCUUGACAAAGUAGCACAAAUCCUGGGGAUUAACAUAUUUGAAAAACCCCGGAAACCAUCUGUAGAAACUAAAGAGUCCUCGGAAAAGAACAGCAAAUCAGAAAAUGCAAAAGGUGUGGAGAAAACAUCUUCCUCCAACAAGGAAUCAAAAACUACCAAUGAAAAAUCCAGAGGCAGGAGCCCGAAGCCAGCAGAAUCCUCUUCACAGUCCUCCAAACAUCCUUUCCAGUUGGCCAAUAUUUAUGAAUAUUAUGAUGCAGGGAACCACUGGUGCAAAGACUGCAAUACCAUCUGCGGGACCAUGUUUGACUUUUUCACACACAUGCAUAAUAAGAAACACAGACAGACCCUGGAUCCUUACAACAGACCUUGGGCUUCGAAGACCCAGAGCGAGACCAAACAAGACUCCAUAAAACGCAUUGAUAAGAUAACAGUUCCUGCCAAAGGCUCUGAGUUUCUGAUUCCCAUCACUGGAUAUUAUUGCCAGCUCUGUCAUGAAUUUUUUGGAGAUCAAAUAUCAGCAGAGCAGCAUGUGAAAAGUCAUCCCCACAAUGAGAAAUACAAGAAAUACAUAGAUGAAAACCCACUCUAUGAAGAGAGGAGAAACCUGGACCGUCAAGCAGGAUUGGCUGUAGUUCUGGAAACAGAGCGCAGGCGGCAAAACGAGCUGAAACGGAAACUAGUUGAGAAACAGAAAGAAGAGAAGGAUGAGAAAAAGCCAAAAAUAAUAAAGAAAGAGGAAGUAAAGAGCAUCCCAGAGCUUGGAGAAGGGAGUAGCGAAACUCAAGGCAAAAUAGAUUCUUCUGGGCGAAAAAUGGGUAUCACGCUUAAGCUAAAGAAGGAAGAGAAGAAGGAGGAGAAAAAAGAAGAAAAGAAAGAGGAGCCUAAAAAGGAAUCACCAAGCCAGACUUCCUUUGGGAAAUUCAGUUGGAAAAAGACUGAGAAAGAGGAUAAAACUCCAGGAGGAGCUGUUCCAAAGGAGGAGAAUACAGAAGGAAGCAAAGAGGAGAACAAGUGUCAGUCUGUGAAACCCCAUAUCAAACCUAUCGAAAUCAAGCUGUCUGGGAAAACUGUUAUUCCACACACUAGCCCUUGGAUACCAGUAGUUUCUGCACCGACACCAGCAAAAAUUCUACCCAAUCUGCCAGUCCCCACCAUGAUUUUCAGGAAGUCUAGUACUGCAACAGUUAGUAAACCAGCACCUUUGAACACCUUUUUAUCCAUAAAAUCCUCUGGGGCUACCACCAAACCUCUGCCUGUGGUAAAAGAAACCAAUACAGAUCUUCUGCUCCCUCCGGAUAUCAUCUCAAAAGCUUUUGGAGGAGAAGAAGUAAUCUUAAAAGGGGCAGAGGAGGAUUUGAAAGAGGCAGAGAAAAAUGAGUCUUCUCAGACUUCUGAUAGACUACCUCCACCCCCUCCUCCACCGGCAGUCCAGCAGGCUGCCCUCAUCCCUGCAGAUGAAGUAGCUCCAGGUGUGUCUGAAAGUGAACAGACAAUGCUGGCAAUGCCUGUGAGGCCACCACCACCUUCAACUGCUUUCAGUGAACAGGCAAAAAAGAUAGAGAAACGAAAUUCUUGCUUGGCCACAGCCAAUGCUAAAGAUCUUUAUGAUAUUUUCUACAGUAGUGGUGGAAAGGGUUCGGCUGACAGCAAGCUUGUGAGUUCUGCACUUCCAAAUGGAGAAAACUCUAACCUAAUGAAACCUGCAGACUCACCUGCAAACUCUAGAACAAAUAGUAGCUCAUCCUCCUUGAAAGAGGAUUCUCAGAAUGUGGAUUUCUCACAGUGUAAUAAUCAAGUAUCAGGGAGUCAGGUUCCUGGUGAGAAUCAGGCUGAAGUGAACAAGAAUCCACUUCAGCCCCAGCUGUCAGAAACGUCGGUCACAGAAUUGCCAGAAACAAAAACUGUUUCUGAUAUCCACAUGCCUGCAGAAAUUGGACUUGUGGAAAUAGGAAGUAGAGAGCAGGCAGGCAGGCAGGAAUUCUGUGAUCUACAGAAAACUGUGGUCCAAGAGAAAGUUGGACAGGAAGAUGCAAAUAAAUCCAUGGUUACAAACACAAAUGUUCCUAGUACCUUGGAGAAAGAUGCAAAGACAAAAGACUGGGAAGUAAAAGCAGUAAAGCCUAAGCAUAGCUUACAGCCAAAGACUUUGUUACCUGAAACACAGAAUGAAAUUCAAAAUUUGGGAAAUUCCCAUUUGGUAGAGGAGAAGUUAAGCAAUAACUGUAGAACUCGCUCAGAAACAGAUAGUCCAAACUUGCUCGAGGACACUUCCAGAACUAGUAACGGAAAAAAGCAGGUCAUCACAACCCAUUCUUGUUCUGAAAGUGGUUGGGAUCUAUCAAAUACUCCAAAUGUAGAAAUAAAAUCUGGUUCUAAUGAAGUUAGUACUUCAGAAUUGAUGGAGAGACAGGCAGACACAUGUCUCACUAGCACAGUAACUAGAAGUAGCCUGUUAAAAGUUCAAGAAAAAGUUCGACCUGAACCUUCAGGCCAUAUAGUAUUAGAUAACCAAACCCAGGUAGUCAAUACCUGCUUGAACUCCUCAGCGGUCCACUCCCCAGAAGCAAAGCACAAGGUUGAAAGAACCUCAGCAGCCAAUGACUGCCAUGUGAGUACCACUCACUCAGGAUUGAACGCUGAGCAAUCUGAAAGUCUCUUUUCUUUGACAUCAGAAGAUGUGAAACACAGUAAGACUCCCUCCCAGAAAGCAGAGCUUGAGUUCAAAAGCACUGAUUUCAGUCUAGGAGACGGUAAGGUAAAACAUGAAGGCUUCAGCAUCCUUACAGCAGGACUUUUAAAUGAGAAUACGGAAGAAGUCUCAAAACUAGAAACUGUUGCAUCCAUUGGGCUGGAGUCCAGUAAACUUAGGAAGCUGGGCAUUGAAAAAACAGUGACUGAAACUGAGGUUACUGGGUUUGCUUCACAGACUUCAGGUAGUUGGGAAGCUAAACUUUGCACACGGAUUUCUCAAAAAGCUGUGCUGCAGCUUGGAUCACAGACCUCAAAUAGUGACACUACAGGAGCAGUCAUGCCAGUUCUGGAAAUGCAGGGCAUUUCUCCCACAGCUGAGACACUUCUGCAAGUGGAGGAGAGCAAAGGUGGCACUGUUGAAAUGCCAUCACUGAGCUGUGGUGGAGGCAGCACAGAAAGUCAGGCUUCUGAGUGCGUGGAAACUUUCCUUCCUGGGCUCAAAGAAACACACGGAAAGGUGGGUGGCUCAGGAGGCAAGGGAGUAUGCACCAUCCAGGGCCAGAAGACUGAGCAAACAGAAGCUGCUGACAGUGGUUUGGAGGCUAAAACAAAUUCAGGAAUUGCUGAAAGUGUAGCAGAAAGCCCAGUGGGUUGA